AUGGAAACAACCGGCUUCACCCCCACACAACUCGAAAUCCGCGACGCCAUCUUCGCGCUCUGCUCCCGCUUCCCCAACAGCUACUGGCGCGACCGCGACGACAGCAGCAGCGACCCCUCGGACUUCCACGCCGCACUCGCAAAAGACGGGUGGCUCGGCAUCGCUUUACCAGAAGCAUACGGGGGCUCUGGACUGGGGAUCUCAGAAGCGACGAUGAUGAUGCAGACAAUCGCUGAAUCUGGCGCUGGUAUCGCGGGCGCGCAGGCGAUUCACGCGAAUGUGUAUGCGACGUAG